GAUAACUGCCCUCCGGAAUGCUGGAACUCUAAGAGCAAGGCUCACCCAGGAAAACUCCGUUUCUUGCCUUGCUUGCUUGCCAAUUUCGCCGCGAUUAAGACUAAGGAUCGAGCUGGCCCGACGUUCGUUGACGGUAAUGGCUUGCGGAUAGGAGUUAUUCAGGAUCAUAUCGGCGCCGGGCGUGCAUGAUCCUUCGUCGCACCCGCGUCUCACUCGCCAGAGCCCUCAUACCUGGGUCCAACUAUCCCUGAGAGCGCGGCGCUGCUUACCUUCGUCGACGUGAAGAUCGGCCUAAGUCGCCUCGAUAUACCCCGACCCGACCUAGUGAUCCCGCUGAUUUCGUUUUGGCGAGCCCCCGACCGUUGGAUCUCAUUUCAUGUGCACAUGGCCCGGCAGGGGCAGAAACUCUCAAAUGCAACCCACCUUCUGAGAUCAGAAGGGAUUCAAUGAAUCUCCCGAUGGCGUCGGAGGACGAUCGGCAAGUCGCGCAGGAGCUGGGGCUCCUCCUACGAGGCACCGGGGGCGGAAAUGCGCCUCUCUCCCAGACUCGUUACGAGCAAGUGUCUAUAUCUGGGACGUCGGGAGGGCUAGGAGACGGCUCCGCGGCGUCAGCGGGUGCAUCACUAGCAGCACAGUAUGGAUUAAGAGACCCGCAGGGAGCUCCGGGAGGGGGCAUGGCGGGCGGAAUGGGGGGCGCGGAGGGUUUUGGCGGUGCGCCUGUGGCGGGAGGAUAUGGCGGGAGGGAUUACCCCCACAGGAGCGGCAGCGCUCCCCCGUCGGUCGAAGGAUCGAUCUUUGCGAUGGGUAACUUCCCCGGGUUUUCGUUCAACCGUCAGUUUCUCGGCGCGGAUGCCCUGGGGAGCCAGCUCGGUGGCGGGGGAGCUGACGGCAGCGGGAACGGCGGCGGCGGCGGCGGCGGCGGCGGAGGAGCAGCUGCGGCGAUUCAGCUUCAACAGCAGCAGCAGCAGCAGCUUCAGUUGCAGAUCCAGCAGCAGCAGCAACUGCAGAAGCAGCGGGAUGCGCGGAAGCUUCUAGAUCGGCUGCAGGACGAGGAGGCUUUAAGAGCGGAUCCAGGGUACUUAGAGUACUACUACCGCAACCACCACUUAAACCCUCGCCUUCCGCCGCCGCUGAUCUCCCGGGACACUUACCGCCUCGCGCAGCGGCUCCAGUCUUCCGCCGCGCUAGGCCUCGGCGGAGAGGGCGCGCAGAAGUUCCCCGGCGGCGGAGAAGGCGCGGAAAGAGGCGGAGGGGGGUAUGCGUCAGGGGGAGGCGGGGGGUAUGGUAUCGGGGCGGGGCUUGGACAAGAGGGGAACGCGGGGGCGUUUGGGGAGGAUGGGGCGGGGAUGGGCUCGUUACGACCGUUCGAUGAGGGACAUGGGAUGCGAACAGGAAGAUCCUCGUCGUCCAAUCUGCUGUUUCCGUCCCCCACGCUCCCCACGCACCGGGAGGAGAUGGAGAGUCUUCUAGAGGAUGUGCUUACGUCGGGGGGGAAGGACGACGGCGACGGGAGCGGGCAGGGCGGCAGCGCAGGCGCAGGCGGAGGCGGAGGGAUGGGGGGAGUUGGCGCGGAGAGGGGCGAAGGUGUGGCGGACAGAUGGGGCGCAGCGGGGGCUGGGGGCGGAGGGUUUGCGGGGCUGGCGUAUCGACCUAAGAGCCUCGUCGAUCUUAUUCAGGAGGACUUCCCCCGCACGCCCUCCCCCAUCUUCGCGCUUCAGCGCGCAGCCAGCCGCUCAGCCGCGGACGACUCCUCUGACGCCUCCGCAGCCACCGCCGCCGCUGCCGCCGCCGCUGCUGCCGCCGCUGCGCCGUCUCUCCUCAGCGGAUCUUCUGCCAUCCCCCCCGCGUCCGCGCCCAGCCCCCAGGACCUCCCCCGGCGCCCGCGCUCGUCCCUACAGCUAGACGAGGCGCACAGGCACGAGCUCGCGCUGCUGACCGCGGGGCUGCAGGCGGGCGGAGGCGCAGGGGGAGCGGGGGGGAGGGGCGCGGGGAACACGCGCGGAGGGGGGGCAAGUAGCGUUCCGCCGCUGCUAGGCGCGGGGUCGCGUUCGGGAACGCCUAUAAUCCCACCCGGUUUGAUUGCGGGUAGGGUGAGUCCGGGCCUGGCGAUGCAGUUAGCCGCGGCUCAGGCUGCUUCGGCUGCCAAGCCUGCCGGUCUGCCUCGGUCGCAGUCCCCAGCCUUGGGGGUAGGUCUGGGUUUGGGGGGUGGUGAGGUAGGGCUGGGCGGAGCGGGCGGAGGGGGAAGGGGAGGGGUUGGCGCGGGUGUGCUUGCACGGGCAGCGAGCCCGGGGAUGGUGGGGGGGCAAGGGGAGGGGGGAAUGGCGCAGGGUAGUGCUGCUGCUGCUGAGCUGGCAUCCGCGAUUGAAGGGCUGAGAUUGGCUGAAAAGCAGCAGCAGAUGGGGCAGCAACUGCAGCAACAGUACCAGCAACAGCAGUUGGGCCAGCAGCAGCAGCAGCAGCAGCAGCAGUACCAGCAUCAACAGCAACAGCAGCAACAGUAUCAGCAACAACAGCAGCAACAGGAAAAGGAUCUGCAGCAGCAGAUAUUGCAGCAGCAGCAGCAGCAGCAGCAGCAGCAUUUGGCACAGGGAGCCCCCCAGUGGCCCCAUGCUACCUCCGCCCUUCACCCCGCCUAUCUCCAGUACCUCCCUCCAGCACCAACCACCAACGCCGCCGCCGCCGCCGCCGCCGCCGCCGCCGCAGCAGCAGCAGCAGCAGGGGCAGCAUCAUUUGUGGUAGGCUCUCCACCGUACCCCGCCUUUCUGCACGAGUCCGCCCCUGCAGGCUUCCUCCCCGCCCAUCUCUCCGCCGGGUCAUCCGCGUCUGGCUUCCCCCAUCCUCUUCCCCAUGCUCCCCUCGCAGUAGGCGCCGGCGCUGGAGGCUUACCUGGGGUAGGUUUAUCCGUGAACGGGUUUCAUCUGUCUGGAGGAGGCGGAGGUGGUGCUGGCGGUAGUGGUGGUGGUGCUGGUGCUGAUGGUACUAGCGCUGGUUUGGAUGCUAACGCGCAGCACUACCUGCCAAGCGAAGCCGCCCAGUUCGCCGCCACUGGUGCCACUGGUACAGCUGGCGUGAACAGUGGCAUUGGGAGGUUGAUGAGCGCAGGAGGGGGGGUGAGGCGGGCGGGUAUGGGGGCAUCUGGGGAAGGCUUAUCUGCUGGCUUGGGCACUAGUGGUGCCAACCUUGGUGGUGCUAACUUCGGUGGUGCUAAUAUGGGUGGUGCUAAUAUGGGUGCUGCUGCUGAUGCCAUGUUGCCUCCGGAGGUGCAGCAGCUGCUGGCAAUGCACCCUCAGUACAGGGCGCAGAUUCUAGCAGGGCUAUCCGGCCUGGGCCUAUCCGGGGGAGGCUUAUCUGGGGGAGGGUUUACCGGGGCUGGGGGCAUGGGGGGUGGUAAUGGUGGUGGUGGCACGAGCGCUAGUGGUCUGGCUGCUGCGGCGGCAGCAGUGGGAGGGGUUGGCAUGGGCAUGGGGAUGGGUAUGGGUAUGGGCAUGGGCCCUUCUACUUCUGGGUAUCUCCCUGGGGGGAGUCAGCCAAUGGGGAUCCCUGCUGACGUGGCGCAAUCUCGUGCGUCGGGGCUGCCAGCUGGCGCACACGGCAACCCUCCGAUGUACUUCGGGAGCCCUCCAGGAAGCUUCCUUCCCGUGGUUGGUUACCCGCCCUUGUCCCCUUCUGGUGGGGGGGCAGCAGGAGGAGUGGUGCCAGCUGGCAUGUUGCCACAUCAGCAGGGCGGCAUGCUGAGUCAGCAUCACCAGCACGGGCACCAUGCAAAUCUGUACGAAUCGAUGCUAUUGGCUGAUGGAGGCAUUGGGGGGCUGGGGGGAGGGAUGGGGGCAGCUGGGGCAGGGGGUGGGGGGAGCAUGAUGGGGGGAGCGGGAGGGGGAGGGGGAGGUGGAGGCGGAGGAGGGGGAGCAAAAGGGGGCGGUUAUGGCGUGGGGGGAGGAGGUGGGGGCGGGGGGGGAGGGGGGAGCGGGAGGAGGGAGGAGAAAGGGGGAGGCGGAGGACUGAGGGGGUCGCCCGGGGGAGGGGGAGGGGGGAGAGGUCAAUCCUCCAUGCAUCAACAUCAGCAUCAGCAGCAGCAGCACCAUCACCACCACCACCACCACCAUCACGCAUCUCACCAGCAAGACUCCGGGGGAAUGGGUGGAGGCGGCGGGGGAGGGGGAGGGGGAGGGGGAGGAAGUAGGGGGAGUGGUAAUGGUGGGGGAGGGGCGGUCAGUUUCUUGGAGGAUUUCAAGGCGAACAAGACGAGGCGAUACGAGCUGUGUGAUAUCGCAGGCCAUGUGGUGGAGUUCAGUGCCGACCAGCACGGCAGCCGCUUCAUCCAGCAGAAGCUCGAGAUGGCCACCGACGCGGAGAAGGAGCUGGUGUUCUGCGAGGUGCUACCGCGGGCGCUCUCGCUCAUGACGGACGUGUUCGGCAACUACGUGAUCCAGAAGUUCUUUGAGCACGGGUUGGACUCACACAGGGCGGCACUAGCAGGCGAACUGAAAGGCCAUGUGCUGGCGCUGGGGCUGCAGAUGUAUGGGUGCCGCGUCAUUCAGAAGGCACUGGAAGUUCUCCCCCUGCCGCAGCAGCUGGAGAUAGUGGCGGAGUUAGAGGGCAGUGUGAUGCGGUGCGUGCGGGACCAGAAUGGCAACCAUGUCAUUCAAAAGUGCAUUGAGUGCGUGCCGCCGCACCACAUCGCGUCCAUCGUCAACAGCUUCUACGGCCAAGUGGUGGCGCUGUCAACCCAUCCCUAUGGCUGCCGGGUCAUUCAGCGAGUGCUGGAGCACUGCACGGAGGAGCAGAAGCAGCGGGGUGUGAUGGAUGAGAUCAUGCGGUCCACAUGUGCACUCGCCCAGGACCAAUACGGCAACUACGUCGUGCAGCAUGUGUUGGAGCACGGGAGUGAGGACGAGCGCAACGUGAUUAUAACGAAGCUGGCCGGGCAGAUAGUGACUAUGAGCCAGCACAAGUUCGCGUCCAAUGUGAUUGAGAAGUGCCUGCAGUACGGCGGGCCGGCUCAGAAGCAACUUCUCUUAUCAGAGAUGCUGGGGCGGACAGACGAGAAUGAGCCACUGCAGGCCAUGAUGAAGGACCAGUUUGGAAACUAUGUUGUUCAAAAGGUGCUGGAGACGUGCAGCGAGGGGCAGCGGGAGAUGGUGCUGGGGCGCAUCCGCGUGCAUCUGCACACACUCAAGAAGUUCACGUAUGGCAAGCACAUCGUGGCCCGCGUGGAGAAGCUACUGGCUGCAGGAGGUCGCAUGCAAUCCCGGGCUGAGAGGGAGCGUGUGCUUGCGCCCUCCUACGCGCCUCCACAUGCCUCUCCCUCCGCUGCCCCACCACAUGGGGGAAUGCACCCCUCUGCUAGCUCUGCCUCCCAUGCAGCGCCUGCUGGUGGAGGCUAUUCUGGUGCAGGUUUUGCUGGUGCGGGGGCCGGUGCAGGGAUGGGCUCAAGGCAGGUCGGCUCAGCUUCUGCUGCAGGAGGGGCGGCGGGGCAAGCAGCUAUGAACUCCAUGACUGGAUGAUAUCGAUGGUUGGAUGGCCUCGAUGAUGGGUGGAUGGAUGGCCUUCGAUCAAGGUGGAUGGUCAUGGGGUUAGAAGCCGAGAUUGAGAAUGGCAUGCGUGUUGUUUCCAGAAGUUGCUGUGGUCGAAGCAGUGCUGGCAUUUGUUUGGCCCCUCCCUGCAUCUCGGAUGCAUGUAUCUUUGUCGAUAAUUCCCCACAGGGCAUCCUUGAGGGUGCUCUUUGGGGAGCAUGGACGAAUUGGGUGGAUUUGACUAGUUGGAUUACAUGUGUAGAAAGCUGAAUCUGUACAUUCUUGUGAAUGAAUUAUUGUUUGUAGAGUAAGUAGAGAUGUAUAAAUGGGUAAUAUUAGG